AUCGUCGCGACGCAUGCGCAUUGAGGGUCGGCCGCGAAUCGGAGACAGUCCAACGGAAUCUCGGAAAAGAUACGGCACGAAACGAGAACGAGACACGACGCACGGAACGGCCGACGCAGCCGAGCGGAGGAGAAAUCGCGAUCGCGACGUGACAGACAGAGCCGAGGUAACACCUGUCAAAUUGUCCACGCGGGGCUCGAAACGCGCCGGAAUCACCGUUGGCGCUUACAACAGACGGACGAAGGAAGGCGAGGAGGAGGUGGUGAAGGGAGGAGGAGGAGGAGGAGGAGGUGGUGGAAGAGAAGACACCAACAACGCCGUGACUCGUCGUUCGUCGGAAGGUUCGUCUCGCUCCGCCAGUCAGGAUGUCAUCGAAGCCCGUGGAAAAGCCCGAGCAGGUUUUAAUCAUCGAGCCGCAGAGCGAGCUACGAUUCAGAGGCCCUUUUACAGCAGGUCCAGUCACAUCGUAUAUAAAACUAAUUAAUCCAACGAAUAAAAAAGUAUAUUUUAAAAUAAAGACAACUGCCCCAAAGAGAUACUGUGUACGUCCAAAUUCUGGAGUCCUCAAGCCAAAGGAUGUCAUUGAAAUAGCAGUAUGCUUACAACCAUAUGAUUUUGAUCCGUCGGAGAAAAACAAACACAAAUUUAUGGUGCAAACUGUAAUAGCACCAGAUGAUGAUGAUGAUGAAUAUCCAGUUGAUGUAUGGAAGGAUAUAAAUCCGGAUCAGUUAAUGGAUUCUAAACUGAAAUGCGUCUUUGAAAAUCCCGUGACUAGUACUACUUCUACGGCUAAAACGACUGCAACUUCCACGACAACUAAGCCAGAUUCUAAUGCGACUAAUGGAAAGAAUAAAGCAGUUGGCGAUUCGGUCAAAUCGUCACCUAAGGUACUUGGUGAGGCAGAAGAGAAAUUGUUAAAGGCUGCACAAGAGGUUAAUCAGCUUAGGGUAGAAGAAAGCACGCUUAGGCAGGAAAAUCUUCAACUUAGGGAAGAUUUAAUGAAAUGGCGAAAUGCAGCGCUGGGUAAUGACGGUAACCUUGCAGCAGCUAGAGGUCUAACCUCACAGAGCAAUAGCCAGUUAUCUCCGACAUCAACUAGUGUUUUCAUCGCCAUUGCCAUGGUCAUAGUCGGCUACUUGCUGGGAAAAUUAAUCUGAACAACCUUUAUCUUAUUGUAUACCUCAGUGUAUCCCCACCGCCCCCAAGUUUUUUUAGCCUGUCCUCUGCCGUUCACACAUGCCAUCGUUCGAUCGCAGACACAGACUUCAAACGUUGCGUUAUUCGAAUGUUCAUAAUAAAUGCUAUAAACAUGAACGUAGUGGUCUACAUUAAUAGAGCUGCUCGUUACGGGUGUGUGCUUAACCUGGUAAUAUGCUUGGUUUAAAAUUGUUCUCAUUUAUCUUUGCUUUCUUUUUUAAGGAAUAGACUUUUAUUAAAGAACGAGUAAAUAAUGCUCGAUUUUUUUUGUAUUUAUCACAUUUACGUUUGUGUGCAUAUUAUAAAAAGAUUUUCGCUUUGUAACUUAUGCCUUGUCCUUGAAACAGUAUUGGACAAAUAUGUAUUCUUGCAAGUAACGAGUAACAAUUUUGUAUAUUUACAAAUAUGUAUUCAAAAUCGUUAUUCGUUAUCUGUAUCGCUUUAAACUCGCUGGGAUUAUAAGUUCUUAUUCGCUGAUUGUGUAUCGCUGAUUCUUUUUCGAACUUGUAAACCACUUAUUCGGAAUAAGCCUGGCUAUACUGGUGCAAAAGAUCACACACGAACGAGUAAGGAUGCUAUUACUGUCGCAUAUAGGAAUAGCAUCUUUCUUUAUAUAAUUGACUCUUUCACUACACAUAAAUAACAUUGUACAACCUGGGAACCAGAAAAUGUGCGGGUGUAUCAAAGCGGUCGAACCGCUGCAAUUCGGUAUCGAGCGCUAUUCUCGUUUCCCCGUUGCACACGUACUGUGUCCAUUUAAAAAAAUGUGUAAUAUAUAUAUAGUCGGGGUCGGAGGGGAAGAAGGGGUUAUCAGAGGCGGGCCUGGCUGAUGAAGAGUAGUGGUUCAUGAUUCAACAAUUGGUUGUGCUGGUCGCUGUGUAACCGCCAGCGUUGAUAUAUUAAAUGAAAAUGAAAAUGAAAAAGAAAAAAAAAUUACAAGAAAACGUUAAAAUGCAUUGAAUUUACUUCUCUGACGCUUCAGAGAAAGUGUAUAUCUUUUUAUUUCUUUAUGUUUGUCUUACGAAAAUAACGAAUAAAGAUAUAUCACGGAUAUCACAAA